AUGCUCACAAUGUUUUCUGGUACCAAGAUAACGGCGCUCCCGCCUGGCGUCAACACUUCGCCCUCACCACAGCUUCGCACUAGGCGCUCAACACAGUCGGUCCCCAAAGUCGAGUCCACACAGACGACAGACUACCGCGACGAGAGGCGACGCGAACAUCACGAGGCUGACAUCGUCAUCGUCGGCGCAGGCAUCCUUGGCUGUGCCGCGGCUGUCGCGUUCGGCAAACAGGGCAGGAGCGUGUUGCUGCUCGAGAAGAGCUUGAAGGAGCCCGACAGGAUUGUUGGCGAGCUGCUGCAGCCCGGCGGUGUGAAUGCAUUGGAGAAGCUGGGCAUGAGGGAUUGUCUCGAGGACAUUGACGCCAUCCCCUGCCACGGAUACCAGAUUCUAUACGGUCCAGAGAAGGUCCACAUCCCCUACCCUGACAACCUAAUCACCUCUGCGCCUUCGAAAGCCCCAGAGGGUCGCUCCUUCCACCAUGGUCGCUUCAUCUCCAAGCUUCGUGCCAAGGCGCGAUCCACCCCCAAUGUCACCAUUGUCGAGACCACAGUCACAUCCCUCGUCAAGAGCGACUACAACGGCCAGGUCUUGGGUGUAUCAUGCCAGACCGCCGGCGAGCAAGACUUUUACUUCGGCGCGAUAACCCUGGUCGCCGACGGCUAUGCCUCCAAGUUCAGGAAAGAAAACCACCCUCAUCAGCCCCAAGUCCGCAGCAAGUUCUGGGGUCUUGAAAUGAUUGACGCCAAGCUGCCAAUGCCCAACCAUGGUCACGUUAUCCUCGGCGACCAACCACCUAUCCUCAUCUACCAAAUCGGUACCCACGAGACGCGUAUCCUUAUUGACAUACCCGAAAACCUGCCCUCCGCGUCGCCCAAGAAUGGCGGUGUCAAGAACCAUAUGCUCAACGUCGCUUUGCCAGCCCUCCCAGAGUGCGUCCAGCCUGCCUUCAAGAAAGCAGUCGAAGCAGGAAAACUGAGGAGUAUGCCCAACUCCUUCCUUCCCCCAAGCACCCAGAAGCAACCCGGUCUCAUCAUGCUUGGCGAUGCCAUGAACAUGCGUCAUCCCCUCACCGGUGGUGGCAUGACUGUUGCCUUCAACGAUGUUGUCCUCCUCUCCAAUCUCCUCUCUCCAGCCAACAUUCCCAUACUCGAGGACACCAACGCUGUCAUCGAUGCCAUGUCGACAUUCCACUGGCAGCGCAAGCAUGGUUCUUCGGUCAUCAACAUCCUCGCCAUGGCCCUCUACUCGCUCUUCGCAGCCAACAACGAAUACCUGGAGUACAUCAAGAAGGGUUGCUUCAGGUACUUCAUGCGCGGUGGAAAGAGCGUCAGCGAGCCAUGUGGUAUGCUUGCAGGUUUGAUCACACAUCCAUUGAUGUUGGUCUACCAUUUCUUCUACGUAGCCUUCUACGCCAUUUGGGUCAGGUUGCAAGACGUCGGUGUCUGGCAUGCACCAUACACUCUAUGCGUCGAGAGCGUCAUGGUUGUCUGGACCGCUGCCAGCGUCAUCGGACCGUACCUGAUUGCGGAGAUGAAGGCGUAGUACUCAACGACAUGAUGGUUCUCGCAUGAGAUUUCCGAGAUGACGAUGUGUGAUUGUAUAUAAUCUUUUUCUUGGUCACUAUCGACCGCUUGCGCUGGAAAAAACGCGGGCGGCAGUGAACUUUAGGGUUUGAGGGCUUUUUUCUGGUGUUUUGGAAGGAACUUAACGGACCCACUACAUGUGUACAUCACUGCGAUAUAAACGCGUAGAAAAACGAGCGACCGUAUACUCCAUUUUGGGAGAAAGAGAUAGAUGACAUGAUUCAUAGGAAGCAUGAUCGAGUAAUACUUAAUAAUUAAAUGUUUGAGA